GUUAGUGUUCGCCGAUCGCCGGCGACUGGCGAGCAUGCGCCAAGCGCCUUCAUCUCGUUCGUUCGUUGACGAUUCGAGCGAGCUGAAGCGAGCCGCGACUACUACGAGUCCGGCGAGACCAGUCGCUCGUGGUCGCUCGAUCCUCCUCGGGUGAAGGGUGGCGAAGGGCAGCGCGUGGCGAGGCCAGGCGAGACUAGCCGAGGACCGAAACAGGUGAGGCGAGGCGUGCGCGGGCGCGAUCUCUCGCAGGUAGUUUAAAAAUGGCGACCGACAGGUAGACGUUUCCGCGGCUGCACGCGCUGGCAGGCACGGGGGAACGCGUUAUGCGCGCGAGGCAAGCGUAUUUUCUGACCACCGGCCACACAGUGAUCACAGUAUCUUAUCCCGCGAGACCGGAGACGACGUUAACGCGCACGCUCGCUCGCGGAUUAUGUCGUAGAUUACAGUAUUACAUCGCGGUAGGCGCGAAGCGCGACGUGAAUGAAUCGCCCCGCCGUCACCACUGUGCGUCCGAGUUCGAGUCCGAGUCCUCGGUCCGACCGCCUCGUCCUCGUCGUCGUCGUCGCUCGUUACAUUGCGCUGCAGCGAUCGAAUCGAGAUCGCCAAGGAAAUAAGGGAGAGAAGGAAUUAGGAAAGCGGAUCAUACGCACCGCAACCACCGCAACUACCGCGUGUCGAGCCACGCGUUUAACAUAAAUAUAUCUGCAAAAAUUACAAGCAUAUAACAAUGGAACACUCCGAGUUAGUGGCAGAGAUGGUACACGUUGAAAGACUAACCACGCAAGAACGGUUACACUUGGCACGUCAUCGUAGACUUCAACAAUUAAAAGUAUGGAGGCAACGUGAGAAGGAAUGGCUGCGACACCAAACUAGGCAUACGAGUAAUAAACGUCAUAUAUACUUUAGCGAUAGUGUUAUGUUGUUAGAAGCUGCAGCGAGGAAUGACAUUGAUGAAGUAAGAAGACUUUUGAAGAAGGGUGUGAAUCCUGACUCAACGAACGAAGAUGGUUUGACAGCACUGCAUCAAUGUUGCAUAGAUGAUAAUGAGGAAAUGAUGAAGCUACUCAUUGAAUUUGGUGCUAACGUGAAUGCGGAAGAUAGUGAGAAAUGGACACCGUUACACGCUGCUGCUACGUGUGGUCACUUGCAUUUAGUCAAAUACCUCAUUGCCAGAGGUGCGAAUUUAUUAGCAGUUAAUGCAGAUGGCAAUAUGCCAUACGACAUUUGUGAAGAUGAGAAAACGUUGGAUUGUAUCGAAGGAGAGAUGGCAAGGCGAGGAGUCACUCAAGAAUUAAUAGAUGAAACGAGAGCUUCAACCGAGGUUCAAAUGUUACGCGAUUUACAAAAGAUUGCUUCUUUAGGAGGCGACCUUGAAUACAAAGAUCAUCAAGGUGCCACGCCUCUUCAUAUAGCAGCGGCAAAUGGGUACUUAAGAGUCGUAGAAUUUCUUCUUGAUCAGCAUGUAUCAACAGAUGUGGAGGACAACGAUAAGUGGCAGCCAGUUCAUGCAGCUGCAUGUUGGGGACAUUUGGAAGUACUUGAAUUAUUGGUGCAAAAUGGAGCAGAUUUAAAUGCAAAGAAUAAGCACGACGAAACUCCCGCGGAUAUAUGUGAAGAUCCGGAAAUUAGAGAGAGAAUAGUAGAAUUGAAAACAGAACAAGAGAGUAAACGACUUCGUGAAGCACAAGGACGUAGGGUACGCAGAUCACAAAGUAUUAACACACGAACACAAAGCGUACGUCGGACAUCUAUUCGAGACAAAGUCCUUACUACGAAAAAGGAUGCCCAGGAAGAAGCUCGUUUGAGGUUACAAGCACAACAGACGUAUGUUAGCACUCCUACAACUAAUAUACCGCCGUUGGAGAACAGUACACAGGAAGUAGGGGACCACGAGACUGAUUCCAGCGCGCUAACUUCAGCAGUGCGCAAAAGUCCCGAAGGAAAAGACAACGAGUCUUUUCUUCACGAAGAUGUUGAUAAAGAUUCAGCAGUGACAGGAUCUGACCCACUGGUCGGCAGCCAGCAGCAGUCGCCGAUUUACUCUACGGACGCUGACACCAAUGGCAAGAUCAACAUACACGUAUCCGUUGUUUUCGUGAAAUCCUUGUCGGAUCUGAAGAAGAAACGGGCACAAAAUCGGCAUAUAUCUGGCGGCUCCGUAGACGCGAACGGGAACGGCAUCCCGAUGCCGGUCUCAUCCAUCUCCAAUUCCGAUCUCAGCACUGAUGAUUACACCCAGCGCUUCACUGGGAACACCAGUGAGAUCGUGAGCGAUAAUCACUCGGAGAAGAGCUGCUGCACUGUCAUGUAACGCGCUAAUUAUGUAAUUUCGUUUUCCUUGUCCUUGCCCACUGUUGUCUACGAUGUCAUCGGAACUCACUGAAAUCUUUCACACACGAACAUAUUCCCGCGAUUAUCUUCCAGUAUUUUUUUGAAGACUCAACGCUGCGUUCUUGUACAUAAUUGUUCGAGUUGCGCGUUUAAAUCCGAG